AUGGUCCUUCAUUUUGAAAAAGAAGACCUUGACUCUGAGGAGGAGAGUGAUGGCGGCACCGAUGAGGGAAUCAUUGAGAAGGCGAGUAGCCCGGGUACUGUAAUUGGAGAAGCCAUGGAGACUGAGGGCGUCAAUGAAGACGUUGCGGGUUUUUUCAUCAUUCCGCUUGUGUUAUUAUGCUUCUCUUUAUUUGGAUUGGCUCGCUUGCAACGGGUUAUGUUAAAUGAACCUUCCCCCUAUCUUUUCAAUGUCAUUGACUCUGGUGCAGUUGGAGAUGGCAAGACAGAUGAUUCACAAGCAUUCUUGAAGGCAUGGUCCAUGGUCUGUGCAGCACCAGGACCUUCAGUCUUAGAUAUCCCACCAAAGACCUUCUUGUUGAAUCCUGUUACAUUUAAAGGACCCUGCAACUCCACCAAUGUUCAAGUUCAGAUAUCAGGAAAUAUAGUUGCACCAGUUGAUGCUUCAGCAUGGAAUAAAGAUGCUGACAAAGGGCAUUGGAUUUUGUUUGAUUCAAUUAAUGGCCUUGUUAUUAGUGGGUCGGGUGAGAUUAAUGGGCAAGGUUCCUACUGGUGGAACUGCAGAAGUGAUAAAUGUUCAUCAACACCGGAUGCUGCCCUUGAAGUCAGAUCUUGCAAUAAUUCCCAGUUGAAGGGGUUGAAUUUUGUUGACAGCCCAAGGAUGCAUGUGGUCUUUAACCACUGUGUUAAUGUUCAGAUUUCUCAAAUAACAGCAACAGCACCUAAAGAUAGCCCAAACACAGAUGGUAUACACAUUGCUGGCUGCCAAUAUGUUGAGGUCAUGAACUCAAUCAUACAGACAGGAGACGACUGCAUUUCGAUUGAAACAGGAAGCUCGAAUAUCUACAUUAAUGGAGUUAAAUGUGGGCCUGGCCAUGGUAUAAGCGUUGGAAGCCUGGGAGAUUCUGGGGAAGAAGAUUCAGUGGAACAAGUAGUGGUCUCAAACUGCAACUUCAAUGGAUCAAUGAAUGGAGUUAGGAUAAAGACAUGGCAGGGAGGAUCUGGUUAUGCUCGAGGGAUCAAGUUCCAGAAUAUCAACGUAAACAAUGUCGAUCACCCUAUAGUUAUUGACCAGUACUACUGUGGUGGCAACCACUGCAAAAAUGAGACAUCAGCUGUGAAAGUAAGCAAUGUUUCCUUCAUCAACAUACAUGGGACCUCUACCAGAGAAGAUGCCAUCAGUCUUGCCUGUAGCCAAACAGUUGCCUGCACAGAUAUUCUCUUGGAGAACAUUCAACUAACAACUCUGGUGCCGGGGAAGAAUGCCACCUCCUAUUGCCUGAAUGCACAUGGAACCGCCAAAGCUUCAGUAGAACCACCAGUGUCCUGCCUUGAUUAG